GGAGCAGAAUGAACCAAACACCUGGACGACUGUAGAGAAGUUAUUUGAUCACAAAAUCUAGCUGUCGAAGUUUCUACUCUUGGUGUUGUGAGUGUCGGAGUUGCUUCAGGAUCAUGGAGGAACUGGCCAGGGAGAGCAUCAGCCUGCUGGCCCGGUCUGCGUCUCAUGCGGAUCCUCCUCGUCUCGGCUCGUUCGGUGCCGUGUUCAUCAUGCUGAAGUCUGCGCUGGGAGCCGGCCUGCUCAACUUCCCCUGGGCUUUCCAGAAGGCAGGGGGAGUGAACACUGCCAUCACUGUGGAGGUGGUAUCUCUGGUUUUCCUCAUCAGUGGCCUGGUGAUCCUCGGCUAUGCAUCGUCCAUCAGCAGACAGAAAACCUAUCAGGAUGUGGUGAGCGAGGUGUGCGGACGAGCCGUGGGGCAGCUCUGUGAGGUCUGUUUCUGCUUCAACCUCUUCAUGAUAUGUGUCGCCUUCCUGGUGGUGGUGCAGGACCAGCUGGAGAAAUUGUGUAUUUCUUUAUAUGAAACUGUGACUGGUGCCACUGAGGCAGAGAUGCCGUAUUACUGGUACACAGACCAGAGGUUUGCCCUCUUCAUCAUGUGCCUCAUCAUCAUCCUCCCCUUGUCCAUCCCAAAAGAAAUCGGGAUCCAGAAAUACACAAGUGUGCUGGGGACGCUGGCUGCCACGUAUCUGUGUGUGGCAGUGAUCGUCAAAUAUUACCUGGCGGACACCCACGCGGUCAUAAUAACUCCAGAGCACAGCCAAGGUGUGGGUUCAUGGGCCUCGAUGUUCAGUGUUGUACCAACCAUCUGUUUUGGCUUCCAGUGCCAUGAAGCCUGUAUAGCGAUCUACAGUAGCAUGGAGAACCAGAAGCUCUCUCACUGGGUGGUCAUCUCUGUGGUCUCCAUGUUCUUCUGUUUGCUCAUCUACACUCUAACUGGUGUGUACGGCUUCAUGACGUUCGGACGAGCUGUGGCCUCAGAUAUCUUGAUGUCAUAUCCAGGAAAUGACGUGGUCAUGAUCAUUUCCAGAUUACUUUUUGGGAUUUCGAUUAUCACCAUCUAUCCUAUCAUUCUUCUCCUGGGGAGAUCUGUCAUCCUGAACCUGAUGCUGCGAGUUCAGAGGCGCCGGAUGGGAAUCGUCACUCCCUCGUUUGAGACUCGCUGCAGAGUGGUCCUCACUGUGAUCUGGAUCGCCGUCACUCUCCUCAUCGCCAUGUUCGUCCCUGACAUGGGCGAGGUCAUCAGUGUCAUCGGAGGAAUCAGUGCCUUCUUCAUCUUUAUCUUUCCUGGUCUUUGCUUAGUGUUCUUAAUGCAAACAGAAACUGUGACUCCAAGAAUCAGGGUAAUUUUAACAGUGUGGGGAAUCAUAACUGUUGUGGUUGGAGCCUUCAUCUUUGGACAGAGUACGACAAUCGCCAUCAUGGAGCUUUGUAACAAACUCUGAAUUGCACCUUCAUUAUCACCAACAUCUGCAGCAGCAACAGCAAUGUUGCAUUUGAAAAGGUGACUUUGUUUGUACAUGUGAUUCUUAGAGAGUGCUGCAGGGAUGAGUGUAUUUCUAAAAGGCCCAAUCUGUAAAUCAGCCAGUGGGAUUUAUCUUUUGGCUUUUGGAUAAAUGCAGCAAAGCUCUUUGACUACAUUUUCUGAUAUUCACAUUUUUGGUUCAACAAAAUGAUCUUAAAAAAUGAAAACCACUUUUAUGGUUUUUGAAGCUUAAAUACAAUCACCAGAAAUAAAAACUGCUCGACUGUAACUGAUGAAUACCACUAAGCUUUCACUCACUUCAAACAAAAAGCUUUCCUCUUAGAAAGUAGUUUGGAAGAUGUCAGUAUAAAAACAUCAUGGCGGUAAAAGUGGACGAGUGAGCUUAUUCUCGUUUAACCAGUGUUAGCUGCUGGAUUCUUUAAAAGGAUCCAUAUUUACAUUUUUUUGGUUUAUAUAGAUCUCUGAGUUCGCAUGAAAAAGCUUUAAAAAAAUCAAAAGUGUUUUUGGUUGGUCAACAGUUACAUCAAAUCACAUUCAAGACUGUGAAAUGUAUUUAAUUAUUAGUGUCUAUAGAAAAAAAAACAUAUUUAUGUCUGAAUGUAUACAUUUUAUUGCAGUAUUUUAUUUGCUUUACCAAUAAUAUACCUGCAAUAUGUAUUUCCUGUUUGAGUGUUCAUUUGUACUUGCAGAGCACUGCCAGGUGGCAGUAUUGCAUCACAUAGGAAUUAUUUAUUUAUCUAUUCAUGUAUAGAUUUAUCCAUUCAUUCAUUGUAUGUGUGGAACUGCAUGGCAGCAGAGAUAGGAGAAAUUCUAUUAUACUGUUUAUUAUUAUCAUAGCUGUUAUGGUACCAGCAAUCAUUUUGAAACGACAAUUCCUAAAUGAACUAUGACAGACUGUAUACUUAAUUAAAAAAUAGAUGGAAACAUUGUCCUUGAACUUCACGAGAUAAAACUAGAGAUGUUUUU